AGGUGCCAACUGCUAAUAAGACCCAAAUGAGAAUUUGUAAUAUCCAAGGGAACUUCACAGUUUACCUCUUUCGUCAAAAACUAUGUUGAUUUUGUGUCAUCAUCUGUUCAUCUCAAGCAUUUUCAGCACAGCUUCACUGCCCACUUCUCAACCCUAAAAAAGCAAAGACAAUAAAACAGACAAGAGGAAACCUGAAUUGAAUAUUUGGUUGAAACCUUCUUCCUUUAUGUUUUGCAGGCCAACUCAGGGAUGCCUCGCCGAAUACUUCAAGGAAGCUCUAAAGAUCAGAUGAUGAAGAGCACUUCAUCUCUGCUACAGUCUCCAGUUUUCUGCUUCUUCCUUGGGAUGUUAGCUGUGCUGGUUAUAUUGCUGAUUCUCUUAUUGAUCUUUAGGAAGUCUUUUAAACAAAAUAAAGUGGUGAAGUUAUUAAGACAAAGUGGAACAACUCAAGCAUCAACAGAUUUGUUAAGCGAUAACCUGCAUUCAUUAAGUUACUUUGACUUUCACACACUGAAAAAGGCCACAAAGAAUUUUAACCCAACGAAUCUUCUUGGCCAAGGAGGAUUUGGACCUGUCUAUCUGGGUACACUCGAAGAUGGAAGGUUAGUUGCAAUUAAGAAACUUUCACUUAACAAAUCCCAACAAGGAGAAGCAGAAUUUCUAUCAGAAGUCAGACUGAUAACAAGCAUCCAACACAAGAACCUUGUUCGCCUGCUUGGUUGUUGCUCCGAUGGGCCUCAACGGCUACUCGUGUAUGAAUACAUGGAGAACAGGAGUUUAGAUCUCAUAAUAUAUGGUGGAAGUGAGCAAAUCCUCAACUGGAACACCAGAUUGAAGAUUAUCAGAGGCAUUGCCAAAGGGUUGCAGUAUCUUCAUGAGGAUUCCCAUCUAAGAAUAAUUCACCGAGACAUCAAAGCAAGCAAUAUUCUUCUUGAUGACAAAUUUCAACCGAAGAUUGGUGAUUUUGGGCUGGCCAGGUUCUUCCCUGAUGAUCAAGCUUACCUAAGCACUACAUUUGCUGGAACUCUAGGUUACACAGCGCCAGAAUAUGCAAUUAGGGGAGAACUGUCAGAGAAAGCAGAUGUAUACAGUUUUGGAGUUCUUGUGCUUGAAAUCAUCAGUGGCAGGAAAAACACAAAUCUUUCUUUACCAACCGAAAUGCAGUAUCUUCCUGAAUAUGCAUGGAAACUAUAUGAGAGGUCAACACUGAUCGAACUUGUGGAUCCAAAGAUGAAGGAGGGUGGAUUUUUGGAGAAGAAUGUAGCACACGCAAUUCAAGUUGCUUUGUUAUGCCUUCAACCUCAUGGCAAUCUAAGACCUGCAAUGUCUGAGAUUGUUGCCAUGCUAACAUACAAGUUUGAAAUUGUUCAAACGCCUUUGAAACCAGCUUUCUUAGAAAGAAGGCACAAAAGGAACAGAGAUCUAUCGUUGACUAAUUAUGCAGAUAUCACUCCAUCUCCUUUACAAUGAAGGCAAUGCCAAUGCCUAUUUUGUGGAAACGAAACUUGCUCUCUAACUUGUAAGCCAUUUCAUUUUUAUCACAUUGGAGGAGAAAUUGAAACAAUCAUCAUAUAGUUUUAACUUGGUCUUCAUUUUCUAUGUCAACAAGGUAUAGGUGUCGCAAUUUUCAUGAGGACUGUUCUAGUAAGUUGGACUAUUCUUACUAAAAAGAUUGAUCUAAUUUUCUCUUCUUCUACUACUCUUCCAUUUCAACCUUUUACAUGUCACUGCAAUCGUAGAAAUAUAAGCCUUACUACAUCAAUUCAACAUUCCAUCUUGAGAUAGUGCAUUCAAAUUUUUUAAGAUAUAGAUGUUUCCUUUACA